UUAUUUUUUGAAUCUUAUUUUGUCAGUUGAGAUAGCAUUAGUACUAGUUGUCAAUUACCUUUUCUCUAACAAACAAGUGUUCUAUCACUGACACUGUGACGCAUUUAUAAAACACAACUGUAAUAUUAAACUAGCCGUUGGUUCUGUUCCUCGUUAAUAACGAGAAAUGCAAUAUAUAGAAGCAAAACGAACCAAAAACAAGUAGGAAUGAAAAAGAAAAAACAACUGAAUCUAUCGAGGGCAAGCAUCUGCAGUCUAUCCAUGGCAAGCGAAUACGGAACGCCACCAUUUUUGAAUGGUACAGUCUACACAGACUAUAUGUACUGGAAGAUUAAGAUGAGAGUGUUUGUCCAAGCAAUGGAUUUGGAUAUGUGGAUGUUGAUCGAGAAUGGACCCCGUCCACAAACGAAGAUGGCUCUCGAGGUCGAUGAGAGGCUGAUUCUACUGGAGAAGAGGGCUAUGCAUGUCUUAUACUGUGCUCUAGACGACAAUGCACUCGCUAGUAUAGUUGGAUGCAACUCUGCGAAGGAUAUAUGGGAUAAGCUUGAGCUUAUUCAUGAGGGAAAUGCUCGAGCCAAAGAGAUGAAGAUUAGUAUGCUAGAAGAGGAUUAUGAACAGUUUAAGAUGGUUCCUUAUGAGUCCAUAAAUGAAAUGUUUACGAGGUUUUUGCAUAUCAUAAAUGCCUUGCGCUCUCUCGGAAAGACAUAUUCUGAUGCUGCUCUUGUGAGUAAAUUUCUCAGGUCGCUUUCUAAUUCUUGGAAGCCGAAAGUUACACGAAUUCGAGAGACGAUGGAUUUGAGUAGAGUGAGCAUUCAUGAGCUGGUUGGUUUCUUAAUGGCAGAAGAAAUGUGGAUGAGAAGGGAAGAAAAGGAGGGACAGAUAAAUAUGAAAACUUCGCCCAGUAACAGGCUCGUCAUGACUAAAAAAAGAACCAGGCUCGAACACAAUCCUCUCCCCUUGUGCACUGCGAUUUUCAGGAUCCCAAUUCCACGGUGUUAAAAAAGAGUUAUCCCGAAACAAGAAUGACGUUAAUAGCCUGUAUUUAUCUUCUACAGCUUGCAUUUGAAUAGCUUGCAUUUUCGCUAUUGUCCUCAGGCGUCGCAGUUCUUCUAAUUCCCUCUGCUGUUGGUGUAAUUCUCGCCACUGCUGCAGUAUUUGCUGAACACCAUCAGCCUGUGGCGGUGGUUGUUCUACAAGCUGUAAUAAACGCUGGCGCUGCCUGUAAUAUUUUAAUACUUGUCCUGAGUAUAAUUCAAUUAAAUCUGCGUCU